UAGUUAUCACUCGCAGGGCAGUCGCAUACAUCGAUAAUUUUAUUUAUCUUUUGAAGUUUAUCUUAUCUUCCAAUAACCUGUAAUAUUUGAUCGUUGUUCAUUUAGUUACAAAAACCCAAUAAAAAUGUUGAGCACCGUAGCGAGGAAUACUCUUUUGGGCAGAAAUGUGAUGAAAACCAUUGUAAGGAACGGCUCCCAUGGUGGGAUUCCCGGAGAGAACCUGCCGUUCGACAUCCACAGCCGCUACAAGCUGACAGCUCUGUUCAUUGUUUUCCUCGGCUCCGGGCUGAGCGCUCCUUUCCUGAUUACCCGUCAUCAGCUGUUGAAGAAGUAA